AUGCCUCACUGUGUGUUCCCACUCCUAACAGGGCCAGACGUACAAAGACAGUUCCCCGAAGAUUACCAAGACCAGGAAACACUGCUCACGGUGCCAAAGUUCUGCUUCCCCUUCAGCAUGGACUGCCACACGGUCCACCAGGCCGGCCAGAACUUCACCUUUGUGUUGACCGACAUUGAGAGUAAACAGAGGUUUGGCUUCUGUCGCCUCUCUUCAGGCGCACACACCUGCUACUGCAUCCUCAGCUAUCUGCCCUGGUUUGAAGCCUUCUACAAGUUACUAAAUAUCUUUGCAGAUUAUUCUAUCAAAGGCCAGGAAAGCCAGUGGCAGGAGCUCCUGGUGUCCCUACACACACUCCCCAUACCUGAGCCUGGAGUCCCCGUUCACCUUGGAGUGCAUUCCUUCUUCACUGUGCCUGACACGAGGGAACUCCCCAGCAUUCCCGAGAAUAGAAACCUAACGGAGUACUUUGUAGCCGUAGACGUCAACAACAUGCUCCAUCUGUACGCCAGUAUGCUUUACGAACGCCGAAUCCUCAUCUGCUGCAGCAAACUAAGCACUUUAACAGCUUGUGUCCACGGGUCUGCAGCCAUGUUGUCUCCGAUGCAUUGGCAACACGUUUACAUUCCCGUCCUUCCUCAGCAUCUUUUGGAUUACUGCUGUGCCCCGAUGCCCUACCUCAUCGGAGUACAUUCCAGCCUGAUGGAGAAAGUUCGAGGGAUGGCUCUGGAUGAUGUGGUAGUCCUAAACGUGGACACAAAUACACUUGAAUCCCCGUAUGAUGACCUUCAAAGCCUGCCCAACGAUGUGGUUUCAUCUUUAAAAAGCCGUUUGAAGAAGGUCUCAACGACAACUGGUAGCGGUGUGGCUCGUGCCUUCCUCAAGAGUCAGGCAGCUCUGUUUGGCAGCUACAGGAACGCUCUGCAGAUCGAAGCGGGAGAACCAAUAACGUUCAACGAGGACACUUUUCUCAAUCAUCGCUCCAGUGCCAUGAGACAGUUUCUUCAGAAUGCCAUUCAGCUGCAGCUCUUCAAACAGUUUAUUGAUGGUCGCUUGGACCUGCUGAACUCAGGACAGGGUUUCAAUGACAUCUUUGAGGAGGAAAUCAGUAUGGGUGAAUACGCAGACAGUGACAAGACCUACUAUCAGUGGCUGCUCACUGUGAAGAAAGGGGGCGGCGCUAUCUUCCAAACAGUGAAGACCAAGGCAAACCCAGCCAUGAGGACCGUUUACAAGUUUGCUAAGGACCAUGCAAAGAUGCGUAUCAAGGAAGUCAAAAGCCGGUUGAAGCAGAAGGAGCAGUUAGAAAAUGGCCUGUCCACUGCCGGGUCAGGGGUCAUCGGUGAUGAAGGCUCAGAGGGGAUCACGUCCUCCACUGCUGCAGUCAUGAGGGAGGGACCGCUGCGAACCUGGGACGGCCACAGACCGAUCACCGUGCACUUCGGACAGGCUCGACCACCGAUGUUGUUGAAGAGACCAAGCAGCAAUGUGAGUCUGGAAACCAUCUCUGACCAUUCUAUCCGUCCAACUCGUCACUAUACAGUCUUUCUGUCUGAGGAUUCGUCUGGAGACGAGCUUCAAUACGACGAAUCCAUCUCUGGGGUUCCUGACAGUUUUCUUUUCUCUGCCCCUUUCGAUUGGUCACCUCAGCCACAGCCGUACCGCUCCCUCAAGGAGGUGGACUUGAUAGAAGGAGACGAUCCUGGUUUUGGGGCAGAGAGCCACACGGCCCCUCCCAGUCCAGUUACUGAAAGGUUCUCUAAUAUCAACCUGCUCGGGGACAUCUUUGGCUGCCAGGACGAGCCCGACAGCCAUUCACUUACACUGGCUAAAAGUCUGGAGGACCUGAGAACUCCCAAAGAGUCUGAGGAUCUGCAACCAAAGUUCUCCUACCAGAGGAUGGAUCUGAAGAUCGGUGAGAACUCCCGAACACUUCCAGGUCUCAGGCUGUCCAACCCUUACAACAAGCUGUGGAGUGCAGGCCAGGACAGAUUGGUCUCGCCCGUCUGUGUGCCUCCCACCUGCGAAAGACCUUCAUCCGUCCAACUUCCGGUGCAAAUGGAAACCUGUUCUCUCGGCCGUGAAAGUUCUAGCACAGUCCCCGACCUUUUAGACCCUUCCAACCCUGCCAACAUAACCGUUCCUCGUCCCCAAGGGAGGAAGACACCUGAGCUUGGGACAGUUCUCGUACCCCCUGCUGUCCCGCCACGCCCCAAAGCUGCAGGAUUGAGUGAAGGAAGGACUACGUCAGGUGGACACGAGUUCAGGCAAGCCUUGAGCCUGACCUGUGAUGGAGACUUGCUGGGACCCACUAAGGUUUCUGAGGACAGUAUGGAUCUGCUGAGUCUUCUAGACCCCCUGAACAACUCCACUGCACCAACUGAGAGACUAGAUAUCACUACAUCAACUGCUUGUAAACCACCACUACCACCCAGACUCUACCCUCAGAGUUUGCCUCCUUUCACACUUCCUCCUCAGGUAUCACUAAACCCUUUUGCCCCACCUCUUCAGCACUACUCACCCACUGUAAGUGGGAAUCCCUUCAGUGCAAUUUGUGGACCUCUCCCAGGUUCCUACAUAAACACUUCAUCCCAGCCACUAUCCUUCUCUACACUACCAGGGCUCUACAGACAGCCUUCCCCUGGCAGCUCCACCCUGCCCCCCAGCCACGGACUGUCCCAGUCAGCCUUCCAGUCGGCCUUCGCCCCUUCAGUCACCCCCAUGCCUCACACCUCUGACAGUAGUCACGCUCUCUCCAGCCUAGUAGACUCGACGUCAGUCUUUAGCACGUCCGUGAACGCGCUGCCAAAGCCUCUGCAGACACAGGGAGAACACCAAAAAGCUAAGGAUCCUUUUGGGGACCUGCUGAGCUUGGCCACACCAGUUACACCACAGAAAAAGAAGGUGGAAGACCUGCGGAGGAAGUGGGAAACAUUUGACUGAACCUGCACAGUGUAUUUGCACAAAGACGCCACUUUCUGUUGUCACUGUCAGGGUUUUCUCUUGCUUUAAAUGGUGCGUCACAUCUGAUACAGCCAAGAUUCAGUUGGACCUUUGAUUAAAGGUCAGACGGGUGAAGGAGCGCAACAGUUCUGCCAAAGGUGUCCUGAGAAUCUAUUCUGAUAUAUACGUUUUCUUUUUGUGCGCUGACGAAUGAGAAUCGUAGAUGACAUCUGUGUGUGUGCUUCCAAAACAUCUGCCAGUGUUGCUCACCAGACAUCGAUAUAAUCAUCUAGUAGGUCUGCACAGCUAGGCUGCCUCCAUUAUGACGUGGAACAAGUGGCUGUGGGGUCUCACUCAUGCACCUGUAUAUCAGCAUGAACAAGCAACAAAUGUUUUAAACGUUGUACAGUUUAUCCAGCCCGUUUUAUUGACGGGAAGUGACCACUGCCUGAGUUCCUACAGCUACGAGCGAACAUCCAACAAUAAAGCUUUCAUUAGAAUAUACGAA